AAUACAGCAAUAUUCAUUUAGUCGUUAUAUGUUCAUUUACACUACGUUACUAGAUUAGUAAAACUUCACCAAAUUUAUUUAAGCCUACUCCUACAACCAACAUGUUUCUAAACAGUUUUAGAGUUUUAGUUAAAAUUGAGAAAAAUGUCCACGCUAGGCAUAAUAGUGAUAUUGCCUUUAUCGGGCUGGGACAAAUGGGCGCUAGGAUGGUGAACAAUUUAAUAAAAAAUGGAGAAAAACCUAAAGUCUACGACAUCUUACCAUCCAAUACAAAAGCUAUUCAAGGUGCCAUACCCUGUUCAUCGGCUGACGAAGCUGUAGAAGGAUCGAAAAUUGUUAUAACUAUGUUACCAAAUGGAAGCAUUGUUAAAAGCACUAUAUUAGGAGAAAAGGGCAUUCUCAAACGUUUGGCCAAAAACUCAUUAUUGUUAGACUGUUCAACAACAGGACCGCAAGUUGCCCAAGAAUUAUUCCAAAGUGCGCAAGAGUCUAACGUUCGCUUUUUAGAUGCACCAGUAUCUGGUGGUGUGGUUGGCGCCCAAGCAGGAACUUUAUGUUUUAUGCUUGGAGGCAACUUAAAGGACUACCAAGAAGUGGAACCGCUAUUGCUUCAUAUGGGAAAAAAAGUUAUAUACUGUGGAAAAUCGGGAGCUGGACAAAUAACUAAAUUAUGCAACAAUUUAAUAUUAGGUGUAACUAUGAUAGGUACAGCUGAAGCUUUGAAUUUAGGGGUAAAACUAGGCCUUGAUCCUAGUCUGCUAACAAACGUAGUAAAUAUUUCAACGGGAAGGUCAUGGUCUUCCGAUACUUAUAACCCUGUACCUGGAGUUAUGGAAAAUGUACCAUCGGCUAAAAAUUAUGAGGGAGGAUUUUCUGUUGAACUAAUUGCUAAGGAUUUAGGACUGGCUGGUGAUGCUGCUUUAAGUAUAAAUGCACCAAUUCCACUAGCUGCCAUGUCUCAUCAGCUUUUCAGAACGUUGAUUACAUAUGGACUAGCAAAAAAAGAUUUUUCUGUAAUAUAUAAGUAUUUACAAGGUGAAAAGGUGGAAUAAAACGUUUUAUUAUGAAA